GCACGCAUCUCCAAUUACCUAGUGAUAUUCCCCAGAAAACGGACACAAAAAGGAUCAGAUUAGCAAGAACUAUGGCGCAGCACCAUAAACUGGGGCUGCUAAAAGCAGCGUUGCUUUUGCUGCUAGCCACCUCGAUUGAAGCUUACUCAAAUAAUAGCAGAGAAUUGCUAACUGGAUAUUCGACACCAAUGCAGACUAGCCUGUCCUAUCAAUUCUUUGCUUUAGCCACACAAAAGGCUGCUAUGACUAAUACCACCGGCAGUUCUAUGGUACGAACUGGCUCCAAGGAUUCGCUUAAUAAUCGACUCUACGAUGAUGUUCUCUGCGAUAGGGACGUAGCACGAAUACGUGACGCCAUCCAAAACAUGGAGGAGUGGGCUCUAGAAUUCCCGGAUACGUGGGGUCGCCUGCCCGUCGGCUUCUUUUGGGGCCAUCUCAUUAGCAUGGGCCAAUACGAAGAGUGCGUAGCGGCGUCAGCAACCUACGGCAACAACCUACGUGGCCAGUAUUGUUUGGCACGUUUAAAUAUAACACAGUUCUACAGCAAAGUAAAGCGCCGGCAUGAGGAAUUUUCUCGCAUUAGUUACAAGCAAACGGAUCCUGAGAUCUUCGAAUUAGGGUUAUGUGUGCCCAGCACAUGCAGUGCUGAAAAAACUGAUUCACUUCUUAAGUACGCAAUUUCACAUUUUUAUGGAAAUGAUGUCAUCGAUCUUGAUUUUACAAUGGUUCAGGAAAAAUGGUGUAAAUAUGAUGCGCCGGUCGAAUUUCGCGGUGUGGAUAUAUUUGCAAUCGUAUUUUUUUCGCUGAUAAUAUUUUUCUUGCUAGCCAGCAGCGUUUACGAUUUUGUGCAGACCCGAAAGGGUGCACCUAAAAGACCGCUUUAUGUAGCCUUCUCGGUACUGCAUAAUGCACCAAAGAUUUUCACUGUCAAGAAAAUUAACAGUCCAAAUGUUAUCCACUGCCUAAACGGUCUGCGUUGCUUUAGUAUGAUGUGGGUUGUCUUUGGGCACGGCUACAUGACUUUCUACGAUCUGCCACACAUAAAUCGCAACAAAUACUAUACCUGGUUAGAAACACCUUACUCUAUGCUUGUACAGAAUGGCUCCCUCUGCGUGGAUACAUUCUUCUUCAUGUCUGGUCUAUUGAUGUGCUGGGGCGCUUUUCGAGAGAUGGAGCGCACCAAGGGCAAGCUGAACAUCCCGAUGAUGUACUUCCAUCGCUAUAUCCGCCUUACUCCAGUUGUCGCUGUCGUGGUUUUGUACAUUAUGUCACUGUAUCGCUAUUCCGGUGCCGGACCCAUGUGGUUCAAGCUGGGUACGCAAGACCAACGCUGUGCGGACACAUGGUGGGCCACACUACUUUAUGUGCAAAACUAUGCCUUUCCCUACAGCAUUUGCGUUUCACAGUCUUGGUACCUGGCUGUAGACACCCAAUUGUACUUCCUGUCGCCGCUAUUCCUUAUACCAUUAUAUAAAUGGGGAAAAAAAGCACUUAUACCAAUUGUGAUUUUUGCUUUACUUUGUCUUGGCUGCACCGUUGCAACAUUCUUACAUAACGACUUUACACUAUUUCGUGUUCAAGACAAUAAUGUUGAUCUGCGACAGCGCUUGACUUACUACCCGACGCAUACGCGCAUUCCGACUUGGUUGAUCGGAGUUAUCUUUGGCUACUUCCUGUUUACGCGCAAUCGUGGACGACAGAUUCCAUUAGCCAAGCACUGGGUAAUCAUUGGUUGGGUAGUGGCCUUUGGCACUAUGCUGGCGGACCUUUGGGGUCCCUUCUGGCGUAUCCUGCCGCAUACGCCGAACUCUCCACUAAUUGAGGGCGCUUUGUUUGAGCCACUAAGCCGCACCUCUUGGGCGUUAGCCAUUGGAUGGAUUGUAUGGGCCUGUUACAAUGGUCACGGCGGCCUAAUCAACGACUUCCUUUCUUGGGGCUUCUUCACGGGCUUUAGCCGUCUGUGCUACUGUAUGUACGUCAUACACAGAAUCGUACAGCUGGUGAAUGCCGCAAGGCUCCAAACGGAUACCCACUUCUCAGACUAUGAUGCGAUUUUGCGGUGGUGGCACGACUUUGGUAUCACACUGACGCUCUCCAUCUUUGCAACGUUAGCCUUUGAGGCUCCCAUUCUGGGUAUUGAGAAGGCAAUUUUUGGACGCAGCGACGCCAAGCCAGUACCAAAAAAACCAACACACGUUGACCCAUCUAAAGCGGCUCCGAUCAUCGAUCAAGUAACCGAGCCAGUCCCAACCACACAAGUGCUUGAUCAAGUGCCAGAAAUUGUGGCUUUAGCCAGCCCAGCUGUGGAUCCAUCCAAGGCAUAAUUAUAAAUUUGUAAAUUGAUUUUUUUUCUUUUGUUUUACGAACGAAAA